AUGUACGGGAGGUUAGAGGUGAGCAGCAGAUUGGGAAGAUGUGAAGCAAUGGAGGUUUGUGGGUGGGAAGAUGUGAGGCGAUGGAGGUUUGUGGGUGGGAACAUGCUGAUCUGCAAGGCUAGCUGGACCAGCGGGGAGGGGAGCCUUAGGCGUUUGAGUGAUUGUCUGGGGAAGGGAGAAUGGCAGUCUGGAGGGGUGGUAGGGGCAGGAGGACAGCAGGAGGGCUGUCCAAUGGUUCUUGCAGCGAGGAGAGGGGAUGGCGGCCUUGGGAAGAGGGCAGAGGGUCAAUUGCAUGAAAGACAGCAACUGUGGCUGUCUAGUAUGCCGUGGGGUCGCAGGCGGACUGUGGGGAGCAGGUUGCAGUUGGGCUGGGCCAUUUGCUGGAGCAAUGGAUGCUACCUGAGAGAGGAGCGAUGGGAGAGGGCUUGGGCUGUUUUAUCGGGACAUUGGAUUGUUCCCGGCCAGGGAGAUGAGAUGUUGGCGGGGAUGGAGAGAGAGGAAGAGGGAGUGGGUGGGCGAAAAGUUUCAUGUGAAGCUCGCCAGCGGGAGGAGCGGGAUGAGAUGCAUGGGGUGGUUGCCGGUUUGGAAAGGUUGGGAACUGUGGCAGAAAUUCUGGAGAGGGGACUCGAGAAGCGAGCAGUCACAGGUGGAGUGUCAGACAGAUUGGCGACUGUAGGGAAGGGGCCGAAAGGGCCUGGUGACUGUAGGAAAGUGCAGGGGCGGCUAAUGGCAGCAGGGAGUUUGCAGGGGAGGCUGGCGGUAGUAGAACUGGUAGGACAACAAGGUUGUGAAGUAGGAGUGGCAGUAGAGUGGUGGAGGCAUAUGGGGGUGGAAGCAGCUAGGGGAGAGGUAGUAAAAGGGUUCGGUGAGAAGAAGCGAAGGAGAUUGGAAGUUUACAACACCACCUCGGAGCAUGAUACAACAGAAGCACUUGUCGUCGGAUACAAUCCUAACAAGUGGGAAGAGACUCUACACAGUAGAUUAGAAGACAACUACACUCGAAUUGCCUCCUACUCACAAGGGACAACUAUUUAUAGCUCCUACUUCUACACAAAAGGAAGGGGAGUGAGAAGUGAUGAUGAUGAGUUUUAUGAUCGCACAAAGAAGCCAUCUGUUAAAAAGUCUGGUGAACAGCAGUCAGUUGAAACAGCUGAUACUCUCCUCGACAAAAUUGAAGUUAUAUCCAGUGAAAUAGAAGAGAAGAGAAAGGUCCUUGCAGAUGAGAAAGAGAAAAUUGCCUCUAACAAGCAAGAUGGCAACGGAAAGGAUGACUUGGACGCAUACAUGAUUGGUCUUUCUUCACAGUUAGUAAUUGAUAGGACUUUACAAAUGGAGAAGAACUUAUCUGAUUUACAAGCAGAGCUGAAAAGGAUAAAAUAUUUAUUAAAAAUUGCUGACCCAAGUGGAGAAGCUACUCGAAAAAGAACGUCAAACUCUACAGAAACUCAAGCACCCAAGUCUUCUAAGUCUGUGCCCAGCAUCUCAAGUCUUUGCCAGUCUAAUGAACAGCCAAACACCAUCUUAGAGACACUCAAAUCAAGGCCAUCUCUUCAGGAAACCCAUAAUUUGAUUCCAGCUGAGAAUACAUCUGAAAAGGUUGACGAUGAUUGUGGAGAUAAUGAAGACAAAAAGACUGCUUACGCCAUUGCCAAACCUCAGUGGCUUGGUGCCGCAAGAAAGAUAGAAUCAGAAGAUAAUCACAGUUCUCCAGCUAAUUUGGAUGUAGUUAUUUCAGAUGAUUUUGUUGACUACAACGAUAGGAAGAAAUUUCUUGCUGCAGCUGGUAAUGACGACAACUUAGAAACUGCAGGUUCUGGUCUCAUCAUAAGGAAGAGGAAAUCUACAGAAAGAGCUGAUCAUAGUGCUGAAAAAGCUCUAAAAGUUGAAGCUCCACUGUCGCCUAAGGCUGAAACUCUUGCAGCCGAUGCUAUUGCCUUGCUUUUGAAGCAUAAGCGAGGAAUUCAUGUAAUUGACGAAUUUACAGAUGAUGAGAAACAGAACGUACAAGUUGGAGGUCAAUCUGGUAAAGAGCUUUCACAUGUGAGUCGAAUCCUUGGACCUGUAAGACCUGAUUAUUUAGAUGGGAGUUCAGAUUAUGAGUCCUGGGUUCCACCUAAGGGGCAAACUGGAGACGGACGAACUUCACUGAAUGAUCGUCUUGGCUACUAAUUCACAGUCUUAUUGUUAGCCCUUAGAGACAGCUGCUAUUUGUUUGUAACUAUUAUAAUUCUGAGGAAGUCUGUCAUCUUGCUAAUGGGCACUGCAGAUCAUUGAGUAGUUGCUGAACAAUGAGAUUAUCUAGUAAGAUUACUUGACACUGAGAGGACAUCAAUAUUAAAUAUCUUACAAAGCGGCUCAUCAAGCUGUACUGUAAAUAUGUUCCGCUGAGGUAUUAAAAAUGGCUGCUAAUCCUUUUUUGCCCGUGAUUUGAGAUCAUGUCCUUCAUGUUUCCACACAUUACGUCAAAUUGUUUGUUGAAUGAUCAUUUUCAGAUGUUGUUGAACUUAUUUAUGCAUUAUGUGCACAUAAUAAUGAGGAAAAAUCAGUUUGAUUUUCU